GAAAUUUUCUGUAUAGAUCUUGCAGCCCGAUAAGGCAAAAAAAUGGCAGAACUAGGGCGACAGACAGUCGAGUUCUCGACCGUAGUGCGUCGAGUGGCGGAGGAAUCCUUCCUCUCACUCAAAGAUUUGGUGGAAAAGUCGAAAUCCACGGAGCAGUCGGACUCUGAAAAGAAGAUUAACCUCCUCAAAUACAUACUCAAAACCCGGCAGCGGAUGCUUCGGCUCAAUGUUCUUUCCAAAUGGUGCCAGCAGGUUCCAUUGGUUCAGUACUGUCAACAGCUUGCAUCUACUCUUUCAAGCCAUGAUACGUGUUUCACCCAAGCUGCAGAUUCCCUGUUUUUCAUGCACGAGGGGCUGCAGCAAGCACGUGCUCCUACUUAUGAUGUUCCAUCUUCUAUUGAAGUUCUGCUAGCAGGAACUUAUCAGCGCUUACCAAAAUGUAUAGAAGAUGUGGGAAUGCAGAGCUCCCUAACUGAGGAUCAGCAAAAGCCUGCUUUAAAAAAGUUAGAGACGCUUUUGCGAUCUAAAUUGCUUGAAGUUCAAAUCCCCAAAGAAAUUUCUGAAAUCAAAGUUUCUGAUGGUACGGCACUUCUACAUGUCAAUGGUGAAUUUAAGGUUCUCCUUACUCUUGGUUAUCGUGGACAUUUAUCACUUUGGAGAAUACUACACUUGGAACUUCUUGUGGGUGAGAGAAGGGGGCUUGUGAAGCUUGAGGAAUCACGGAGACAUGCUCUUGGAGAUGAUCUGGAACGCAGAAUGGCUGCAGCUGACAACCCAUUCAUGAUUUUAUACUCAAUCCUCCAUGAGCUGUGUGUGGCACUUAUUAUGGAUACCAUCAUAAGGCAAGUACUAGCGCUUCGUCAAGGAAGGUGGAAAGAUGCAAUACGUUUUGAGCUCAUAUCUGAUGGCAGCACAGGACAAGGAGGAAAUGUUGGUUCUAUACAGAUGGCUCAAGAUGGGGAACCUGAUUUGGCCGGCCUGAAAACUCCUGGUGUGAAAAUCAUUUACUGGUUAGAUUUUGACAAAAACACUGGAGGGUCUGAUUCAGUGUCGUGCCCAUUCAUUAAAAUUGAACCUGGACAAGAUCUGCAGAUAAAGUGUUUUCAUAGUACAUUUGUUAUAGAUCCUCAUACUGGCAAGGAGGCAGAGUUUUCCCUUGAUCUAAGUUGUAUUGAUGUUGAGAAGUUGCUUCUGAGAGCUAUUUCCUGCCACAGAUACACACGCCUUCUUGAAGUCCAUAGAGAACUGAGCAAAAAUGGUCAUAUUUGUCAGGAUGCAGGCGAUGUUCUUCUUCAGUGCUAUGCUGAUGAGUCUGAUGCUGACUCCAAAAAGAAAGAUAAUAAGUUCAGUGGUAAGGAAUAUGGAGGGGAUGAAGUAUUGCGUGUGCGGGCUUAUGGAUCAUCAUAUAUAACGCUUGGAAUAAACAUCAGGAAUGGGCAUUUUCUUCUCCAAGCUUCCAGAAAUAUUCUCAUGCCAUCUGCCGUGUUAGAUUGUGAAGAAGCUCUAAACCAGGGUAGCAUGGCUGCAGCAGAAGUAUUUAUUGACUUGAGAAGCAGCAGUGUUUUACACCUAUAUGCAUCAAUUGGCAGGUUUUUGGGCCUUAAGGUGUAUGAACAAGGUUUAGCUGCAGUUAAAAUACCCAAGACCGUCUUGAGUGGGUCAGGUUCAUUGCUGAUGGGGUUCCCACAGUGUGGUAGCUCUUAUUUUCUACUGAUGCAACUUGAUAAGGACUUCAAACCGCUUUUUAAACUGCUCGAGACCCAGCCAAAUCAAUCUGGAAGAUCCCAUACUGGUGACUCCAAUCAUGUUAUACGCUUCAACAAGAUCGACAUCGGUCAGUUGCAGAUACUAGAGGAUGAAAUGAACUUAAGUCUUCUUGAUUGGGAACAACUACUUUCUUCAUUGCCUAAUGCUGUAGGCUCCAAUCAGACAUCUGAGCAUGGCCUUAUUUCUGAGUUUGGUCUAGAUGUUUCUACACGGUUUGCUGGAUGUCCUCAGUCUAGUUUUUCAUCAGUGGUUGAUGAAGUGUUUGAGCUUGAGAAAGGGACAUCAAUACCUCCUUAUCCUGUUCAUACUCAUCAGUCUAUAUCAUUUAAUUCAUCUCCUGCCUCUACUUUUAGCUCUAUUCCAAUGUAUAAUCAAGGCAUAAAACCUGGAAUCUCCUCUCCUAAGUGGGAAGGAGGUUUGCAAUUUCCUCAGAUUAAUAAUGUUUCGAAAUCUUCUUCUGUUGGUCCCCAUUUCAGUAGUUCUAUAUAUGCUUCAAACAAUUUGAAGGGAGUAAUCCAAUCCAGUAGUCUGGUAAGAAGCCCGUCUAAUAAAAAACUGUCGUCUUCAAAAUCUGAACAAGAUUUGACUUCUCUUGGAUCUCCACAUUCAGUGGAAGCUGGCCCUUGUUCUCCUAUGGAUGAAGGUCAGGUGAGGCUUUUGAAUGAAUCUUCGAAGGAGGCAGUUUCAGGCAGCCGCUCAUCACGAAUGUUAUCUCUGUUAGGACCAACAGGCCCUCAAGCGUCUGCAACCAUGAAGCUAAAUGGGGUUCGAAGCUCACCUAACCUUGUUGCAUCUUCUAGAGCUGCUAGAUCGAGCUCGUGGAAUAUCACCCCCGUAUGCAACACACCAGAAUCUGGGACUUGCCACAACACAAAUCUUGAUGUCCCACCUAAAAAUGAGAAAAACCGAAGAAAGCGUUCAGUUUCAGAUAUAUUAAAGUUCAUUCCCUCACUUCAAGGGGUAGAAGACACUUCACAAUUUUGUAAGAGGAUGAAAAUCUCAGAAUCAGAUUCUAGGCAUCCUCCUGCUUCACAAGCACUCAGACCAUCAGAAUUGAUGAGUAAACCUGAGGGAUUUACAUAUGGGAAUCUUUUAGCUGAAGCAAAUAAAGGGAGUGCACCUUCUAACGUAUAUGUUACAACUCUUCUUCAUGUGGUCAGGCACUGCUCUCUCUGUAUCAAGCAUGCUCGACUUACUAGUCAGAUGGAUGCUCUUGACAUUCCAUAUGUUGAAGAAGUGGGCCUGCGAACACCAUCCUUGAAUUUGUGGUUCAGGCUACCUUUCGCCAGAGAGGAUUCAUGGCAACACAUUUGCUUGCGACUUGGGAGACCUGGAAGCUUGUAUUGGGAUGUCAAGAUAAAUGAUCAGCACUUUAGGGACUUGUGGGAACUUCAGAAGGGAAGUAUGAAUACAGCAUGGGGUUCAGGUGUUCGUAUUGCCAAUACAUCUGAUAUAGAUUCCCAUAUACGCUAUGAUUCAGAGGGCGUUAUCCUUGGUUAUAGGUCUGUUGAGGAUGAUAGCAUUAAAAAGUUAGUUGCUGAUUUACAAAGACUUUCUAAUGCUCGUUUGUUUGCUCUUGGAAUGCGGAGACUUCUUGGAGUAAGAGCAGAUGAUAAACAGGAAGAAAUCAGUGCAAACUCCGACAACAUAACAUCUGUUGUAGUCAAAGGUGCUGCUGAGGUUGCCGAUAAGAUAUCAGAACAAAUGAGGAGGCAAUUUAGAAUAGAAGCUGUUGGUCUUAUGAGUUUGUGGUUUAGUUUUGUUUCUGGGGUGGUGGCUCGCUUUGUUGUUGAGUGGGAAUCAGGAAAAGAUGGAUGCACAAUGCAUGUUUCUCCAGAACAGCUUUGGCCACAUACAAAGUUUCUGGAAGAUUUCAUUAAUGGAGCUGAGGUGGCAUCCCUUUUGGACUGCAUUCGCUUGACUGCAGGACCAUUAUUUUCUCUAGCAGCUGCAACUCGACCUGCACGGGCUGGUCCUGCUUCUGGUGCCCCUGGUGUAACUGCUGCACAAUCUGCUAUCCCAAGGCAGAAUGGUUUCGUACCAACUCAGGGAGUGAUGCCAAGCAGUUCAUCUUCACAUGUUCCUCAAGCUGCAUCUGCUCCUGUCGGGAAUCCCAUUACAAGUACGGUUGUAGGUCCUCUUGGGAGUCACAACCUUCCUGCAACGGCAACGUUGGCUGUUGCUGGGAGAGGUGGCCCUGGAAUCGUUCCUAGCUCACUGUUGCCCAUUGAUGUCUCCGUUGUACUGCGUGGUCCCUACUGGAUACGCAUAAUCUACCGUAAACACUUUGCAGUUGACAUGCGCUGUUUUGCUGGAGAUCAGGUUUGGCUACAGCCGGCAACACCACCAAAGGGUGGGCCUGAGAUUGGGGGUUCUUUGCCAUGUCCACAGUUUCGGCCUUUCAUUAUGGAGCAUGUAGCUCAGGAAUUGAAUGGCUUAGAACCUAAUUUCUCUGGUAGCCAACAGACAGUAGGAAUUACAAACUCUAGCAAUUCAAAUCAAAGCUCAGGUUCACAGCUUUCAGCAACCAACGGAAGCCGGGUUAAUAUUACAGGUUCUGGUGUAAUAUCUAGAUCGACUCCAAUGGCAGGGAACCAGGCAUCUGGUAUAACCCGUGUAGGCAAUGCACUUUUGGCGUCCCAAAAUUUAGUGUCUGUUGGCUCAGGAUUACCUAUACGCAGAUCACCUGGCACAAGUGUCCCUAUUCAUAUGAGAGGAGAAUUCAACACAGCUUUCAUUGGGCUUGGGGAUGAUGGAGGGUAUGGUGGUGGAUGGGUUCCCCUUGUUGCUCUUAAAAAGGUUUUAAGAGGCAUUCUCAAGUACCUUGGAGUACUAUGGCUCUUUGCACAAUUACCUGCUCUUCUGAAGGAGAUCCUGGGUUCAAUUCUAAAAGAAAAUGAAGGGUCGCUUUUAAAUUUGGACCAGGAACAGCCAGCCUUGCGCUUCUUUGUGGGGGGGUAUGUAUUUGCAGUAAGUGUCCACAGAGUACAACUUCUUCUGCAAGUCUUGAGUGUGAAACGUUUUCAUCAUCAACAACAACAACAGCAACAAAGCCAAGCCAAUGCUCAAGAGGAACUAGCCCCCACUGAAAUAUCUGAGAUAUGUGACUACUUCAGUCGCCGUGUUGCUUCAGAACCCUAUGAUGCAUCUCGAGUUGCAUCCUUCAUUACCCUUCUCACUUUACCCAUUUCAGUUCUCCGGGAAUUCUUGAAAUUGAUUGCUUGGAAAAGAGGAUUAGCGCAGGCACAGGGUGGAGAUAUUGCCCCUGCACAGAAGCCUCGCAUUGAAUUGUGUCUUGAGAAUCAUUCUGGGUCAGCCAUAGAUGAGAACCAUGUGAAUUCUUCAAUAGCAAAAAGCAACAUCCAUUAUGACCGACUUCAUAAUUCUGUUGAUUUUGGGCUCACAGUGGUUCUUGAUUCUGCUCACAUACCCCACAUAAAUGCUGCUGGUGGAGCUGCUUGGUUGCCGUAUUGUGUUUCUGUGAGAUUGAGAUAUUCAUUUGGGGAGAAUCCCCAUGUAUCUUUUCAGGGAAUGGAGGGGAGCCAUGGAGGCCGUGCUUGCUGGUUGCAAAGGGAAGAGUGGGAGAGGUGCAAACAGAGGGUUGCUCGAACAGUGGAGGCGAAUGGAAGUUCGGCAGGAGAUGCUACUCAGGGAAGGUUGAGAGGAGUUGCAGAUAGCGUGCAAAGAGUACUUCAAUCGUGCCUUCAAGGGCUGAGGGAUGGCAGUACAGCUAGCUCUGGUGCAACAUAACUGAUGUUU